UCUUGGUCCCACAGGGACUGACCUCUAUUCUCCCGCUUGCUAAGAGCGGGAACUAAGUCUUAAAGACGGGGAAAAGCUUCAACGGCUUUGCUUUUUUUUUUGUUUGUUUGAUUUAAAUUGCAAACCUGCAGUAGUGAAGGGAACCUCUCCCAGGGCGAAGCUCCCGAGCGCGCCGCGCAGACUUCUCUGCGGGACCAGCGCGGUGGUUCAGUCCCAGGAGCCACAAACUUGCCAGGAUUAGAGAGACAUCAACUAAAUCCACGUCGUGCUCAUUGUACUUUUCGAGAGGUUCGAGUGAAUGAAAACUCCUGCGGGUUCUCUGGGAAAAGAGAUCAUGCCCCCCAGGUCUCUUGCCAACCUCUCCUUGCCCUUGGAGGCGAACGAGAGCGAGGCGGUUCCUGAGGUGUGGGAAAAAGAUUUCCUGCCUGGCUCGGAUGGGACCACUGCGGAGUUGGUGAUCCGCUGUGUGAUCCCAUCCCUCUACCUAAUCAUCAUUACGGUGGGCUUGCUGGGCAACAUCAUGCUGGUGAAGAUAUUCCUCACCAACAGCGCCAUGAGGAGCGUCCCCAACAUCUUCAUCUCUAACCUGGCGGCUGGGGACCUGCUGCUGCUGCUGACCUGCGUUCCAGUGGACGCCUCCCGCUACUUUUUUGAUGAGUGGGUGUUUGGCAAGCUGGGCUGCAAACUCAUCCCCGCCAUCCAGCUCACCUCUGUGGGGGUUUCUGUAUUCACCCUCACCGCCCUCAGCGCAGACAGGUACAGAGCUAUCGUGAACCCCAUGGACAUGCAGACUUCUGGCGUGGUGCUGUGGACCAGUGUGAAGGCUGUGGGCAUCUGGGUAGUCUCCAUGUUGUUGGCUGUCCCUGAAGCUGUGUUUUCGGAAAUAGCAAGAAUUGGUAGCUUGGAAAACAACAGUUUCACAGCAUGCAUACCCUACCCGCAAACAGAUGAGUUACAUCCAAAGAUUCACUCCAUACUCAUUUUUCUUGUCUAUUUCCUCAUACCUCUUGUUAUUAUCAGCAUUUAUUAUUACCACAUUGCAAAGACUUUAAUUAAAAGUGCACACAAUCUUCCGGGAGAAUACAAUGAACAUACCAAAAAGCAGAUGGAGACCCGGAAACGCCUGGCUAAGAUUGUGCUCGUCUUCGUGGCCUGCUUCGUCUUCUGUUGGUUUCCCAACCAUGUCCUCUACUUGUACAGGUCUUUCAACUACAAGGAGAUCGACCCUUCUCUGGGUCACAUGAUUGUCACCCUAGUGGCCCGGGUUCUGAGUUUCAGCAAUUCCUGCGUCAAUCCCUUUGCCCUCUACCUGCUCAGCGAAAGCUUCCGGAAGCGCUUCAACAGUCAGCUCUGCUGCCGGGGGAAGGCCUAUGCUGAGAGGUCAACCAGCUACCUUCUCAGCUCUUCAGCUGUGAGAAUGACUUCUCUGAAGAGCAACACAAAGAACGUGGUGACGAGUUCUGUCCUGCUAAAUGGACAUAGCUUGAAGCAGGAAAUAGCACUGUGAUUGGAGGCCACUCAACCCACUCUUAAAAACAUUCCUUACAAACUUUGUUGUUAUUAUUAUUGAGCAAAAGUAGAACUAAAUAAUUUCCACAUUCAUACUGUUCCCCAGCUAAUUCGUCAGGGGACUUCAUGACUUCAUGACAGGGGAGUCAAGUACAAGACAAAUAUUUUUCUCUGAAUAGAAUUUUACAUUACACCAUGGACAUCUAUAUUAAACACACAUAACUCACAUAUAUCUUCUGCUAACAUUGAUUUACAAAUUCCCUCAGGAUUUAAGGCAUUGCAACAAGCGAUUGUGCCAUAUUUACUUCAAAUUCCUUUUAUCCUAAAUCAUAGAGAACAUUUCCAUAAUGAGUCAGUAAUUCGGUAAUUCAAACACCUAUUAUUUGAAAUAUAAAUUACAUCAUUCUGAUGAGUAGAUUUUAUUUAUUGCGAGUAUAUAUGUAUAUAUAUGUAUUAACUUGAAAUAAGUCCAAAAUGGAGCUUAAUCAUAGUUCAUUAAUAUUUAUGGUUCCUUAUAUAAUUAUAAUUUAUAGAAAUGUUUGUAAGUUCUAGAUAUAGUAUUGGAAAGUGUGAUAACAGUUGAUUAUGAAUUGUAAGUUAAUAUGUGAAUUUGUAUAUGUAAAACAGGUAUCAGAUGCUCCGAAUUCCAAUACUAUGACUCAGAUGUUUGCAUGACCAUUUUUGUAAACACUUAAAUUCUUGACAUUUGGCUGCUUCUGUGUAGGUAAUAAGAUUUGUAUAAUUCUGGUAAGUUCUCAUUUGUUCUUGCAUCUGCCAACUGACAAGUCUAUGGGAUCUCAGACACUUUUCUCUGCAUGAUAUCACAGUUUUCUCUGAAUAAACAUCUUGAUAUUUUCAGCAAAAUA